GACAGACUCAGACUCGGACCUGCUCAUGGGCGGGUCUUGAAUUUUGACGGAGAAAGCUGUGCUCGUCACGCAGCGAGAUCGGACUGGCUGCGGCUCAUUAGUCGUAUCCUCUUCGAAGCGCCUGUAUAACCUGUUGAAGAGCUGCCCCAGGCUUGCAUUGAUGGCAUAGCGAGACAGCGCGACACGGCUCACAACCGCGGGCGGCGGCACUGAGGCAUACGCACUCAGCGACGGGUUUAUUGCACAACGCUUCUGAACGCAAAUCCAAUCUCCCUCGCCGUUGAACGUGCGGACAGUGUAGGACAAGUGAUCCCGCAUCGUUCCCCUGGUCGAAUAUCCAGUUGUGUUCCUACCUUGCUCAGCGCUGGCGCUGUGGUUGUUGUGGAACUUCUUGCUCGCUAAAUGCGCUCACAGACAAGACCACUUUGACUCAACUUCUUCCGACUCGCUACGACACGAGAGACAAAUGCAGCUGGACGGAUCUUUGAUUGCGCGUCAUCUCAAAUCUGCUACCGCAUGCCAAGUCCGUUUAUGCGUGCUUUGGCCUCAUCAACUGGUGUACCUCCUCCUCACCAUCUGAUCAGGGCUGUCCUGUUUCUCGUCGCCUUUCCUUUGCAGUGCUUGCAAGACUCCUACGCGGCCCUUGUAUUCUCAUCAUGACUGUGUCGCCCUGAACGGAUGCCGCAAAGCCUGUCGAUUGUGUAAAUGCAUAGUUGGAUCUCAUCUCCACGAAACUUGCACAUGAUAUCUGCCACAGCCUGCAGUGUUCCGAUAUUUAUCGCCUUACUCUUUAGGCUUUUCCGCCCUCCCGAUGACCGAAUUCUCAUGCAUUUACAUCUGAUCAGAUAUCUGACCAGUGGUUCAGACGAAAUCAGUCGAAAGCUCGCGCAGCAGAGACAUCAGGUUUUGGGAAUUGGCAUUCUGCUUACAACCACACCGAAAGUCGAAUGACGCUGCAGGGCACAACUUCAUCUGAAAACGCGGCCAUUAUGUAGAGGAAAGCACGGAGAAACAUCUCAAAAUGUCAAUGAUCUGGGCCUUUUUGUAACAUAUUCGAGGAUCCUCGUCAACUUUGGGAGAAUGCAUCGAGAAGCGGGCCUCAAUGUUUAUGGACACUCACUGCAAAACCGUGCUCUUCUGUCCAGAAACGGAGAUCUCCCGCUUGCAACUUGAAGGUGCCACCAGUCAAUUUCAGCGGAAUGUGAUGGCAGCUGCCAGAAUCUGUCAGAGUCGUGAAAUGACCGCACUUUAUCAUGGCCGCGUAUCGGCCGAAAGCCCGAACCAUCGGCUUCCCAGGCGCUAACCCUGAACUUGUAUUAUCUUUGCCUACUUUUCACGUCGCCCACCCCGUUUCAGUCGCCUCGGAGUUCAGCUAUGAGAGGAUCGGGUAGAAUUCCACCUCAUAGGUGCUUCUGAGCCACUUCGACCGAUAUCGACAACCUCUACGAUUUGCGAUUGCAAGCAUCUGCGGACGCCUUGGUGUCAUCAACACGAAGCCGCAAGCGAUAGCCGUCCGGCCGACGAUACAGCUAUCAUCCAGAGUUGGAGGAGCAAUUUCGGUGGCUCAGGCAGGAGCUCAAGCGCGGGCGCCUUGCAGGCGCUCCCAUCAGAUGUAGCGGGAGACAGGCAUCCAGCCUCGUGGCCUGACGCAUUCUACAUCGCACCCGCACCAUGCCUCCCCCCGAAUCCCGGUUUCGUGCCUUUCUUUCACGUCUCCGGGCGUUUCUGGUCAACAAUCGCUUCAUCAGCGGGGCCAGGCGGUCUCUGUUCUUGUUUUUCGCGUUCAUCUUCGCCCGGAGAUCCAAGUCCAAACCUAAAGCAGAAAACAGCCCAGAGCACACCCAGGAUCAUAUUCGUUACGUAUUGCCAGUCGACGUGGGAGGGGGAGGAUAUGCGUUGAACGAUGUCCAUCCAUCCGAGGUUGUCUUGCCCAGCACACUUCCGACUUUUUUCCCGGCCCCUCGGACUUCCGGCCGAAAUCCAUCUCCAAGUCGUCUUUCUGUGCAGGCUUCACUCCGUCCGUCUCGACCGUCGAGUGUCCAUUCGUCCCGCGUAUCUUUGCCCAUGGUGGAACUUGGCCAACAGGCGUACAGUCUGGUAGACCCGUCUAAUCAGCACCACCAUCUAGUUCGGCGCUCUGCCUCGCGUCCCUCUAUUUCAUCCUCCAGAGAGUCUGUCGACCGUCUCUCUGUAUAUCCGAGUCGCGGAGCCUCCCCCUCCGAUAUGAUGCCGAGCCGCGGUCCUUCUCCUCCUGCUGAAUUCCCGGACGUUGUACUGUCUAUCCCAUCGCCCGACGGAUCACCUCCAGAACACUCCCUCGGCGGCGGCCUCGAGCCCAUGCCGCUUCCCCAGGAACUCUGCGAUGACACACUGUUGCCCGUCGUCCCUGAAUGUUCUGGAAGAUACAACGUGAAUGAUAUUGCCGUUGACGAACCCACUGUCUUCCCGAUCUCGCGAUGCACCUUCGCUCUCGUCGAAAAUCCUGCGCCAGACGGAUGGAUCAGACACCAGCAUCCCGAAGGAGCACCCUAUUUCUACCACAAAGAAAAGAGAGUCUACACUGAUGCCAAUCUGUACGAUGGCGAACGACUAGAGUAUAUCAACAACAAGAUCAAAACAAUCGAAAAUUGGCAUCAAAUUAACAAUCUCCAGUGGGCCAGCGAUGUAGAACUCGUGCUGGACGACGGACAAUACCCAAUCUGCCGUUACUAUUUUGUCAAUCACCGGGAUCGCAGUGUGUUCUGGUUGGACGAUGUGACCUCGGAUCUAUUUCCCGUCAUGAGCGAAGUCAGAGGCGUCACUUCCGCAUCCCAUUUCCGGCAUGAACUCGAAAGCCAGUACUGGUAUCACUGUAUUCUAUAUCCAACUUCUCUGCAUGUCACAUUGCCCCUGAUCAGCGAGAUCCACGAUAUCGUCGCACAUGCCUUGUCCGACAUUUUGACAUCUCCGACUUCAAUCGUCUCUUGGAGCGAGCAAGAGCUGGAUCGAAUGCUCACAAUGAUUGACGGAGUGAAAGGGAAUUUGAUUGCCGAGGAAGCAUUGCUGAGCGGUUCGGUAUCUCUUCUCAGUCGAAUAUUCCAGGUUCUAGUUCGCAGCCGGGUCUACAAUUUCCACGGAGAAAGCUGCGCUCGUCUCGAUGCGACGCAAUCGGUCUAUGGGAUUCCUGCGCCAUCAGCGUAUCUCAUCCAAUACACCAGCUUCAUCUUCUUUGGAGCUCCCAGAUACCAUCACGAAAAGCUGAACAAGGCCUAUAUUGACGGCAUUGCCCGCAAACGCGGUUCGACAGAACUUCUCCGGCAACUCAUGACCGAGUGGAAUCAAGUGACCACCUUUGCGACUAUUCUUUUGAACGCGAAUGUGGCUUUUCUGGCGAUUCAAAGUGUCGACAAUAAUGGGAUCACGCUGGUCGAUCGCUCUCCUGCUCAAUUAUCCAGCUACGGCUCGACUUUGAUGAGCAUCGGCGCUGUCAUCGUUUCGCAGUUGCUUUCGAGGCAGAAUCGAAACCGUGACCAAGCUACUGCCUCUGAACUGGCCAGGUAUAUGGGCAAUCGAACGAAACAAAUGAAACAUUUCGAGCUGCUUGCUCUCUUGUACGCGCUGCCGUAUGCAAUGUCGCUCUGGGCAACCAUAUUCUUCCUUGCCGCCUUCUCUUUCUUGUGUUACGAACGGUCGGGUCUCGUCACUCGGACUCUUGUCACCAUUAUAUGGGCUGCGAUUGCUUUGAUCACGUUGUGGUCAAUCCUCAAUGCCUGGGAUGGCUCGUUCCAGGACCUGUUCGGACCACUGUUUGCGCCAUCAGACGAGGCAGAAGCUGGUGAGACUGGGGAGCCAGAAGCGGCCGCCGAGGAUACCCGAUCAGAGACCGGGUCGCCGUCCAAAGGCAAGCGCUCGCCGUGGCCAUCGCCUAAAUUGCCCAGGUUCAUGAGUCGGAGGAGAGGGACAGACUCGACGGAUGUCACGCUCACGAACCCUUGACCCAUGUAUUACCAUCUAACCCCACUGUAUGUUUAGAGCCCAUUGUUUUCCUGUACUGUGUAUGUACCCUUCUAUAUAAAGACGACAGGCGUUGACCUGCUUGCAUGUCAACUUAGGCAGGUGCGUUCGGUGAUUUGUCUCCGUUAGUCGAUGACAGAAACGAUCGCCGAUCGUGGAGACUGGGGUGUGGAGUCUGCAUCUGUCUGCAUCCACUUGUAUUCGAUUUCAAUCUUCGACAGACACUAGGCGGAGGUAAACUAACUAGCUUGAGAAUCACUCCCAGUGCCAAAACUCCUGGUGAGCGUGUAUUUUAGAGAGAGAGGCAAAAGUAUCGAUAGUCAAAGCCAAAGUGAAAGAGCGGGUAGAUAGAUACACACGGGGAGCCAUUCAAUUAUCAUGCCGUCAAAGCCGUUGUACAAGUUCGCGAAGCAAAGAAUCAUGGGUGCUGCGGCCCGCCAGCUGAGGGUGUUCGAAGCAUCAUCGCAGGCGGUGCCGGAUUGCUCAGCAUCUGAGCUGAUGGAGCUGCAGAAAGCAUGACAGCUGGAGGAGACAAUACGACAGACUGAGAGGAGAGGGAGCCCGUAGGCGGAGUCGAAUGUGACGAAGAGCGUGAACUGGCCGUAUAAGACGGUCCAAGAAUACGUCGGCGACCCUGCAGAAGGUGAGUAACCUGCUGGGAGUAAAGCAAUUGACACACAUUGAUCAUCCAGUUCGAGACUUGGCUCAUACUCAAGCCCGUGGCAUGGCACAUCUGCUUUUUCUCAAUCUCACUCGGGUACGGAUGCGCUGAGUGACUGUGAAGCCACGCCUUGAGAAAGUCGGUCGUUUCCUUGGGUAGCCGCCCGCGCUUGCGACUAGACAUGCCUUGUGGCGUUCUUGGGCGUGAAUCUUCGUUGGGCAGCGAAGCGACAACCGGGGGGUAUCGGUCUGGCACUGACGCGGCGAUCUGGGGCGUAGGGGCAGCGGGGGGAGGGGGAGCACCUUGCGAAGGAGGCCAGUCCUGCCGUUCACCGUACCCCGGCAUCCUCGGCACUUGGCCCUGCGGACCGUCACGGUAAGGCUCAGUGAGCAAGGCCUGGAUGGAGGGAAGGCGGACACUGGAAUGUGCCUCCAUGUCCGGGUGCGGGGGGUGUGCAGGAUAUGGGCCUGGAUGGUAAUGAGGAUGAGGGUGGGCUCCGGGAUGAGACUGAGCAGCGGGAUGAGGUUGAGUCCCAGGGUGCCAGAGAUGCGGCGGCGGAGGUGGGUGAGGAUGCUCGCCGUGGUAUAUCGGACCCUGGGGCGCGUCAUGGCCCCUGUACGCCCAUGGUUGCGGCGGAUAAUGCAUAUAAUGUUCGUGACCCAUCGGAGCAUAUGGAUAAGGAGGUGCAACACCAUGAGGAGGUCCUGGAGCGUGAGGCAAAGGGGAAUGGGAAACGGGGGAGGCUGAGACGGGUGAAUGCGACGAGGACGAUGUUCGGCGACUCGGCACUGCGGGGGGUCCGGGGACUGACUGAUCUUGCUCGCAAGAAGUGGAGCCGUUGGAUUUUACGGGUUUGAUUUUGAGAACAUCGUCCGUGGGACUGGUUGUAGGCGAGCCACUUUGCUCACAUGGUUCGCUUGCUGCGGCCGAUUUUCGAGGCGCCGCCGAUUGCGCCUCUGAGGUAUCCUCUUGUUUGGUUUGACUAGACUCGCCCUCGUCGUGAUUGGCUUUCUCGUCCGCGCGAAGCUCAGCCGGACUGCUACGCGUAGCUUUCACCAUUUAGGGCUUCUUUCAGGACACAGGGAGGACUGCGACGCGCAAGAUAUGAGCAUUCACGAGCCAUGGCAUGGCAGGAAUCCGUACCGAGAGUGAGAGAUAGCGUUCGAUGCAGUGUCGAGAGUUUAGGAUGCUGUACGUGGGGAAAGAGGAAUCAACGACACCAAUGCAAGAACCCUGUCAAUUUUAUCCCACGUGCUCUUGAAAAGUAAAUUCCCACCCUGUCCAGUGUCAAUUACGACUCCGAUGUCCAUGUCAGGCCUGUCAACUUUUCGUCCCUCUCAUCUGUGCUACCAGGGUUCUUCCCUCUUGUAAUUCAUCCGUGCCCUUCUGAGUAGGCAUCUCUGGCCACUCAAAGCUCAGCCCAGCACCGUCACAUGUGCUGAUUCGUACUCAGUGACACACACCAAAUCGGCGAGGAACAUGGGCCGGCGGUUUCAUCAGUCCAGUAUCAGCCAGUAUCCUGGUGCUCUGGGCAUCACAUGGCAAUUGUUUGACGGAUGGCAGAAAGCGCUGCUCAGCCGAUGGAUUGAAGGCUCCGCCUCGGUGUGAUCCCCAUGUUGCUACCUUUCAAAAGCCCACAAAAUCCGUCUAUCAGCGCAUGCUCGACCUUGUAGAUAAGCAGGCGGGAAAGUUCAGUUCAUCAGGGCCCGCCAACCGCAUUCAAUACCCAGUUGCAUCACCCUUGCCAACUCCCGUGCCUCUUUCAGGCUACCUCGUACACCGACGAGCCACAUCGGAUUUAAACAUGAAUGAACCACCUUGACCCCAGUAGCACAUGAGACUUUCAUUGUACGGCAUCAAAGAGCGGGACAGGUCGCAUCACGAUCAUGCGCCGCUUGAUCCGAUGCGAUGAAUCACGCCCAGUGAAAUAAUCACUUACUUCAUCCAUGAUGCCGAUUCCCUUUUCGUCCAUGCAUCACAUCCUGUCCUAACCAUUGGCACCCUGGGGCACAGCACUCACAGAGGCGCUACUGAACGGCAAGCAGUAUGGCUGCCUCGUAUCCCUCAGGCUCGGGACUCGACGAUGAGCUGAUCACCCAAUGGACCGGCUUUCUCCAAGAUUACGCCAAGGGCGAGGAUCGGCCGCGACCCCCAGCUUUACUGCCCCCUCAUGCGUCGGUGCACCCUCCAUCCGGAUCGAAUUUGUCGUUGCCUGCCUUCGACGUCCCGUUAUAUCCACCUGGGAAGAUCUCGAAGGAUACUGCACGCGUUAUAGCCGAGUUUUACUCCCAAUACGGAUUUUUGCCCCCUCCCCGAGCAGAGGAGGAGUGCCUCAGAAACCAGGUCAUCGAACUUUACAACCUGUUUCGCCCGGACCAAGUCGAGCACUUUCACCGCUGUUCUUCGCUCCUCCACGCGUUCUUCCCCAUCGCCCCUGUGGUCACCAUCAACCUCUUCCACAAUGACUUUCAGAUCGUGGUUAGCAAAGCUGGAGACUUCCCCUUGCGACAAGGGGAAAAUCUGUUGACUGAAAUCAGCAUCUGCGGACAUGUUAUCUUAAAGAAGGAUCGAAGUAUAAUUGAAAUGCUUGAAGUGAGCAAAGACUGGCGCUUCCUGGGGAACCCUUGGUGUACGGCUGAAUCGCUCCCUCUCAAGGGCUAUGUGGGCAUUCCACUCAGUCUGAACGUGGAUCCUUCCGAUCCGAACAACCAUCAAGUGGUUAACGUCGGAGUCUUGGCUCUACUAUCACAGACUCCGUUCCCGCCGCUGUUGGACUCUCAGCGAAAGGUUCUGUCAGAGUUGUCCGCCAUACUCUCCAUACAAUUGCGCUCGACGUGGGAAGUUUGGUCUCGGAACAAGGAGACCCAGUUACGAAACGCUGUCAGCACGCUCCUCGAGAAAGCUCUGGUGCAGGAGAAUACCGAUGUUGUGACCACACCUGGCGCUGCGAUGGCCGAGCCUCCCGUGCAAGGCUCCAUACGUUCUAUGACUCCUCAACCGAGCGUCGAAAAGGGCAAAUCUACGACAAAGACUAUCUUUUCGGAUGCAGCCGAGCAGCUUAGAACACUGUUGGAGGUGGAUUUUGCUGUCAUCAUCGACCUGACGGCCAUCCACGUGACCCAUACACGUUCUUCAUUCAAGUCCAGCCACAAAUGGGCCGCAGAUACUUCUGAAGCCCGUAUCCAAAAGCGCCUUGCGCAGCAGAUACUGGGUAGCAGCAUGUCUGCCAUGCCCAAUGCUCCCGAUUUACGAGAGAAUUUCUCAACUAUCAAGGCUAUGGAUGCUAUCAUCCAAUUUCUUGAGAAGUAUACGGAGUCCGAAAGGUCCAUCUUUUUGAACGGCGAGGGCUUUCCCAAGUCUGGAUUGGAAGGAUUGUUGGAAUGCCCGCCCUUACCCCUAGCAGGUCUAGCGGCUCCAGGCUUACCGCCAGCUGGUAGAGGAGCGCAUCACUCUGGAGGAGUGUCAGCCAUGGCACACAUUGCACUGCCACUCUUUAUGUCGCAGCGGCCAAACUUGCUGAUUGUCGUGGCAUCGUCGACGCCAUAUUUUGCAUUCACGUCGGCCAAUGUGACGUUCGUACGCAACAUCGGCUCUAUUCUCUGUGCCCGUCUCGGCCUGGAUGCCAUCGUUCAGGCCGAUGCCGCCAAGACAGCCUUCCACUUGGAUCUCAUUCGUGAUUCCUACAAAGCCGGCGAAAUCUCCGGCGUUCCCACGCUACUGAGUUCUGCGGAGCACUGUGGCACUGCACUGCGUGACAUCGUCGAUGACGUGCUCGACUACGGGAAGAUGGCAAUGACAUCUCCGGCAGCGGCGAGUCCCGAGACAAAACAGCAUCUUCACUCGCAAAUCGACUUGCUCUAUGUCACCGUGGAAACCACGAAAUCAUGCUAUCUCAGACGAUUGCUAGGUUUGAGAGCGAGAGGAGAGCUCGCGCCUAGCGAUAGGAAAGGACAGGUCAAACUAUUUGUGAAGCACGAGCUCAGAUCGAAUUGGCUCGUGAACAUGGAUGUACCUGGAUUUGUUCGAAUAUUGAACAACUUGAUCACGAACAGUCUGAAAUACACGUCAGAGGGAACCAUUACCGUAUCGCUCUCUCUUGAGCUAGAGCCGAACCUCAAGCCGUGCGCUAUCGUGCAAGUCCAGGAUACCGGCCUAGGGAUGGGCUCGGCAUUUCUAGACAGGAUGUUCGAACCCUUCACGCAGGCAGAUUCCUUUUCCCCCGGCGCAGGUCUCGUUGAGAAAGGUCUUCACAUCACCAAAGCUAUUGUGGAACGGAUGAACGGCAAGAUAUCUGUCCAUUCCCGCCCUGGGUCUGGCUCCACCUUCACUGUCACUUUACCAAUCGAGGAUCCCUCCUUCCACUCUGAAAACACGACAAAUAAGUUGGAAACCGUCGAGAUCUCGACAUCGCCGAAGAAUGACAGUCCCCCCUCGAUCCCCCCGCCGAUGCCAGCCAAGCCAGAAGCGAAUGUCGUCGACCCAUCAUCUCAUUUGACGAUCCUAGUCGUCGACGACAAUGCCAUCAGUAGAAAGCUGUUGGUGGCCAUGCUCAAGCGGAUGAAUGUCACGGCCCACCAAGCCGAGGACGGGUUAGUUGCAUUGGAGGUCUUCCAAGCCGUCAAGCCACACGUGGUCUGGACUGACAUUUCGAUGCCUCGAAUGGACGGUGUUACCGCUGCGAAGGAGAUGCGUAAGGUGGAACGGGCGCGAGGCUGGCCUCCUUGCUACAUCGUGGCUAUAACUGGCCUGGGACUGUCAGACGAACAAAUUCGACGCGAAGCACUGCACGGUCCCGCUGCAUUAGAUGCUUGGCUGAUCAAAGGACAAACGAACAUCAAGUCUUUGAAAGAUAGUUUAGACGUUGUCAGACAACGUAUGAGGGCUAAUCUCGGGGAAUCAUUGUAGUAUUCGGCGUUUACACACGAACACGCUUAUUUUGUAUCAUCUGAAUGUCUUAUCUCUAUUUCUCUGGGCUAUAGCUUGCAGUCUGUUGGAUUCUCUUAGUUUGAUCUCUUACAUGGCUGGCCAAGGCUUGGAUCUUGACAUCAUAUUCAGAACUUUGAUCAUCGACCUUCCGUUGUGCCAGUCGUCCACUUGCGCGAUUGGCAUUUCGUAACAAGAGGAGCUCUCU